CUCAAAUCAGUCCACCCCAGCCCAAUCGUCAACAUGUCGCAAUCCUCCCUCCCCAGUCCCACGAAUUCCGCCGCCGCGCUGUCCCUCCUCACCUCGAUGGGCGGGAUCAUCGGCUACGCGCGCACGGGCUCCAUCCCCUCCAUCGCGGCGGGUCUCUCGGUCGGCGCGCUAUAUCUGUACAGUUUCCUGCGUCUGCGCGACGGACAGCCCUACGGCGAGGAGAUCGGGUUGUUGGCGUCGGCGACGAGGGGGAAGCCCGUGCCUCUUGCGCUGAGUGUUCUCGCGACGUAUGGGCUUGUGGUUUUCGGGUUGGCGUUCCGGGAGAAGAGGGCUUCGAGGGUUUGAGUUGGGGAUGCACAGUGUAGUGUACCUUAUGCUACGGGACUCUUACUUUACAGAUGGCGGAGCGAGAUAAACAGUUGAGACAGAUUAUUAAUUGAUAAGGGAUGUCAUUUUUGAGUCCAAAGCAUCGUUGAUUCGUUGCCUACCUUUAUGCUAGAGAACUUACAGCAGC